AUGAUGCACUUCAAUGAGUCUGAAGUAAAGCUAAUUCUAACGAACAGUAACCGCCAUAAAAACGCAGAAGAUGCCUUUCAGUUUUUUUGUGAAGAAUUCCUUAACGAAAAUGAUGAUAUCAUAUCAAAAGAACUCUUGGGUGAGCUUCUCUACGUUGGAAUAAUAAUUAAAAAGAAUGAGAAGGUAUGCAAUAAGAGAAACGUAAAAAACUGGAUUGAAAAAAAUAAAAAUUAUCGCAUUAAUAUUGACAUUGUUCUUAUUAAUGAAAACAAUGUUGAAACAUCAACCCUAGCACAUAACUUUGAUUUAUUACAAGAAAAUUAUUUUGAGAAUGAUUUUAAAACGAUUUACAAAAAGAUGUUAGUGAGGAGGAACAAUAGAGAUGGGGUUUGUACUGCUGAGACAGAUUACCCAAACAAAAGGUUGCAAGAGAAUGACUAUGAUGAAACAGCUUGUAAUUACACAAAAGGGGUAAAUCAUAACGAUGGUAAAUGGAAAAAUUUCAAAAGAGAACAACAUUAUAUACAUACAGAUCACGAAAAGGGGAAUGAUACCAAAAGGAAAAGUGGAAAUGUAAAGCUCAAUGAAGUGAUCAGCAAUGACAUAAAAUACAACGAAGAGAAAGACACAGGUUCGAAGGAUAACGAAGCGAAAAUCAUUGCUGCAGAGUCUCGCUUAAUCCUUGUUAACAUUGAUGAUAACGAGAGCUUAAGCGAAGAAAUAGAAAGGAAGUUCUUCUCUAGUAGUGCAUGUUACGAAAUCGAGGGGUUAAUAUACGUUAUCGAACUACCUCUGUCGAUUUCUCAAAAAUACAUAAACAAAAAACUAAAUUUAAAAAUACAGUUAUAUUAUGAAGAUAAUAAAACAGAAAAAACAAAGAGUGUAAAUUUCCUUAAUGAAAAGAGUGCAAACGAUUUAAGAAACAUUUUUGAUUAUCCAUCUCUUCUACUAAAUAAUGUUCAGUGGUCAUCCACCUUUACAUCUAACGCGUUAUAUGAAAAAAAAAAAAAUAAAAAUAAUAGUAAUAAUAAAAAUAAAAAUAAUAGUGGAGGAGCUUAUUAUAACAAUGAUGACGAUGACGAUGAUGAUGAUGACGAAGAGAAUAAUUUCUUCCUCAAUAUAUACGACAAAAAUAAUUACAAGGAUAGUGAACGAAAUUUCCCUUUGAAUGUUAAUUUACAUAGUAUAUGUAAAUCGUUAAACAAAUAUGAUGAGUAUAUUAUGUAUAACAUAAAUAAUAGUAAAAGGAGUUAUAAAAAAUUGAUACUAACAAAAUCUAUAGUAGUUAUUAAGCCUUUAGAUAUAAGGUGUAAAAUAAUCGACCAUUUUUUAUAUAUAGAAAUGGAGAAUGUAACAGAAAAAAAUAAAAUUGAAAUAUUUGAAUUAUUUUCGAGAUCAAUCAACAUCGAUAGUACUAUUUUCCCAUUUUCGUUAAACCCCGAAGACAUGUAUUCAUUUUAUUUUCCAGUUGUAAACUUUGUACAAGUUCUUUCCUUAAAUAGUGCAAAAAUGAAGGAACCGAGGAGGAAAAGGAGUUCGUUAGACACUGAUAACAGCAAUAAUAGCGGAAAUAACAGCGGCAUUAACAUAGGUAAUAAUAGCGGCAGUAAUAGCGGCAAUAAUAGUGGCAAUAAUAGCGGCAAUAAUAAUAUUAUGAACGGCACAAGUAACAACAUAAGGGGUAGUAUCCAUAAUAAUAUGAGAAUCAGUAAACAUAAUAAUAUGAGGAGUAGUAAAUAUAAUAAUAUUAGGAGCAGUAUAACUAAUAAUGUAAGUAAUAACAACAAAAAGAACAGCUUCGAAGAUAAUCUUAGCAAAUUAAGUCAUUCAUAUGUUAUAGAAAGAUUUAAGAACAAUAAGGAAGUUUUAACCUUUCUUUUUAAUAACGACAAAACUAUUAUAUCCUUGUCUUUUAAAUGGUGUAUUAAUAAUACUUCUGAUAAUUAUAUAUGGUCUCAGUAUUGUAUGGAAGUAGAAAUGCCUGCAGAGAACCUAUUUAAUUUAGAGGUUUCUUUUGUAAAAGAAAUAAAUUAUUCCUCAAUAUUAGUAGCUAUCUUUUCCUUUUACAAUAAUCAUCAUGAAGAUAUAGACUUAACAAUUGAAAUUCAAGAUGACAAUAAUGUAUCUAACAACAAUGUAAUAUAUAGCAGUACCCAGUCCUCCCUCAUUUCUUUUAAUUCCAUAAUUGAUGUAGGAGUUAUCAAACCUUAUCAACGCAAAUCUGUUUCAGUCAAAUUAUUAGCUAUAAUGCUAGGUGUGCAUUCUGUUCCAUUUGUUAAGAUAAGAAAUAAACUUAAUAAUAAGGUUUAUUUGGUGGAUCUUGGAUCCAUUCUUGUAACAGAGUAA